AAUUGAAACCAGCUGAUCGGGUGUCGGUCUCUGGAAAGAUUGAUACCGAGUUUAUAUGCAAUGUAGGUUGCUUCUCGCGUACUACUCUAGCGUUAAGCUCUAUAAGACAUCUCUUGGUUCCAUUCCAUCUAGUCAUUCUAACUCUUCUUUGAUAUCCGGAGAAUUCAUUGUUCAUUAGACACGCGGCACAACUCCUCUGCCUCGCCGCACGCUAGCAUCAUACAAUUCUUCAUCCAUUCGUUGAUAUCCCAAGAGCACAUUACGAUACAACUUUCCGUUUUAGUAAUCCCCUUUCAAUCGUUUAACUGAAACGCCAAAAUGGCAGAAUCACCAGACAGUCAGAUCUCUGAUCCUAUAUUUGAUAGGUUCGAAGAUGGUUCGGACAUCCUCUCGAGUAGAGAUACAAUUGCAACACCAGAUUCCGAAAUAUCUCCUCCCGAAAGUCCUUUGGAAAAGCAUGCUAUACUUGAUCCUCGAAGAAAAUCUCGUCAGUUGGCGGCGUCCUUGUCACUCGAAGAGCAGGUCUCUCUACUAGUGGCUGCAGAUUUCUGGAGAUCAAAAUCAAUUCCUUCCAAAGGCGUGCCAGCAUUCAAGACAUCUGAUGGCCCAAAUGGUGCUCGUGGAGCCGUUUUCAAGGCUGGAACAAAGGCCGCAUUGUUUCCAUGCGGUAUAUCACUAGCAGCAACUUGGAACACCGAUCUUAUCCAUGAAGUCGGACAACACCUUGCAGAUGAAACAAAAGCUCGAUCUGCUCAGGUUUUAUUGGCACCGACAGUCUGUUUACAUCGCGGUCCAUUAGGUGGAAGAAAUUUCGAAUCUUUCUCGGAAGAUCCUUAUCUGACAGGAAAACUUGCCAUCGCUUAUAUCAAGGGGUUGCAGGAGAAGGGUAUUGCUGCAACAAUAAAACAUUUCGUUGCUAAUGAACAGGAGACAUUCAGACUAACCAUUGAUUCUGUUGUGCAAGAGAGGCCUCUGCGAGAGUUAUACUUACGACCUUUCGAGAUGGCCAUUCGAGAAGCUAAUCCUUGGGCUGUCAUGUCCUCCUAUAAUUUGAUCAAUGGCGUUCAUGCAGAUUGUAAUUUCCACACACUAAAAGAAAUCUUAAGGGAAGAGUGGAGCUAUGAUGGUUUGGUUAUGUCCGAUUGGGGUGGAACGAACUCAAUUGCGGAAUCCAUCGAAGCAGGUUGUGACAUAGAAAUGCCCGUCUCAACAAAAUGGCGUGGCGAAAAAGCGAUCGAAGCAAUAAAAAAUGGUGAACUAAGCCGAGAAGCCGUUGAGAAAGCCGCUGCAAACGUACUAUAUCUCGUUGAACGGACAAAAGGAUCAGAUAUGACACCCGAAGCCCCCGAAGCUGAGGACAACAGAGAAGAGACUAGAAAUUUGAUUCGUCAGGCGGGAGUAGAAGGAUUAACCCUUCUCAAAAACGAGAAUAACAUCUUGCCAAUCAAAUCCUCUCAAACAAAAGUUGCAGUCAUAGGACCAAAUGCCAAUCGCGCGAUUGCAGGGGGUGGAGGUAGUGCUAGUUUGAAUCCUUACUACAACACUAUACCCCUUAAUAGCAUUAAAGCAAUCCGCGGAAUAGAUGUCACUUACGCCUUAGGUUGUCACACCUACAAAUGGCUUCCUCUAGCAGCAGACUACUGUACCACUUCCACCGGCGCCCAAGGCGUAAAUCUCGAAUUUCACAUUGGCGAUAAAUUCGAAGGAACCCCUCGAAUAAUCCAACACCGUACCAACACAGAUCUCUUCCUUUGGGAUUCGGUUCCAGAAGAGGUAAAUCCCAUCUGGUCCAUCCGCGCAAAAACCAUCCUGACACCUACCACGACCGGCUUACAUACCCUCUCCUUCUCAAGUGUCGGUCCCGGAAGACUUCUUGUAAAUGGAGAUGUCAAAGUAGAUUUGUGGAAUUGGACAGAUCUAGGUGAAGCUAUGUUCUCAGGGUCAAAAGAUAUUCUCUUUGAUAUCUUUCUCGAAGCCAAUGUCCCAGUAAAAUUGGUUGCUGAAACAACAAAUGAAAUUCGACCAUUGUCCAAACAAGCACAAGUAAAUCAAACCCAUGCAACAGGCGGCUGUCGUAUCGGUUACAAAGAAGCGGAUGCUGAGAAUUAUUUGCAAAAAGCUAUCGAUGCGGCAAAAUCCUCUGAUGUAGCGAUUGUAAUCGUGGGAUUGGAUGCGGAGUGGGAAAGUGAGGGUUAUGAUCGUCAAACUAUGGAUUUACCGAGUGAUGGUAGUCAGGAUCGAUUAGUUGAUGCAAUUGUGGAGGCGAACCCAAAUACAAUUGUGGUUAAUCAGUCUGGAAGCCCUGUAACGAUGCCUUGGGCAAAGAAGGUCCCAGCCAUUUUACAAGCGUGGUAUCAGGGGCAAGAAGCUGGUAAUGCAUUGGCUGAUGUCCUUUUCGGAUUCGAAAAUCCUAGUGGAAAACUACCUACAACCUUCCCAGUCCGCCUCUCAGAUAACCCAACCUACCACACCUGGCCUGGCGAAAACCUCCGUUCGCUCUAUGGCGAGGGCCUCUACAUCGGUUAUCGCCAUUACGAUCACCUAUCACUUCCCCCUCUCUUUCCUUUCGGUCACGGUCUCUCUUAUACAACAUUUUCUUACUCUGCUCCUACGCUCUCCUCCCAAACACUCUCUUCCUCAAAUCAAGAUAGAAUCACCCUAAGUCUCAAAAUCAAAAACACGGGAUCUAGAAAAGGAAAGGAAAUAGUACAACUUUAUAUCCACGAUGUGAAGAGCAGCUUAGUCCGACCGGAAAAAGAACUGAAAGGGUUCGCGAAGGUAGAGCUUGAAGCUGGAGAAGAAAAAAGCGUCGAUAUCGUGAUUGAUAAAUAUGCGCUAGGAUACUGGGAUGAAUCGUUGAGAAAUGGGAAAGGGCUAUGGAUUGCCGAGGAGGGCGAGUUUGAGGCUUGGGUUGGUGCUAGUGCGGAAGAUAUCAGACAAAAAACCACGUUCGAAGUCAAGGAGUCUUUUACUUGGAUUUUUUAAUUGGGUUGGGUCAGAUAGGACGGGGAGAUAUGCAAGGGAAGUGUGACAGAGGAGGAAGGAAGGAAAUCUACAAUUAGUAGAAUGACUGGAGAAGAAGUCGGAAGAAAGCAAUGACGGAUGACUGGAAAGGGUGUUUUUUCCUACUUUAUUCCCAGAUUUUAUGCAUGCAAUAAAUUGCGCAUACGGAUUCAAUCGGCAUUUCCUUCAACCCCAAUUCAAUUAAUGACUGACGCCACGUCUCGCAUUUCUCAAUAACUGUGUUUCUAUGAAUCUUCCUGUUUAUGUACUUGCUUGCUUGCACUGUCUACCUUUAUACUUAUACCUAUAUCUCACAGUUCGUAGUUCAUAGUUCAUAGUUCACACAAUAAGUAUCCAUAAACAUGGGUACGCAGAAAUACAUGAAUCUUUC